AUGCAUCUACAAACUCCAAUUAUCACACUUUUCAUGAUCCUAAGCAAGUUCUCUUACAUAGUGGAACCACUGGAUCAAACAAAUUCUGAACACUACUACCAUGUACAUGAUGGAAGAUUGAUGAAAACAAAACAUCAACAUUUUGGUCACAUAACAAAGACCAAUAGAGAUAACCUUUUCUCUUCAAAGUCUCGAGGAAUGGUUAAUGUUGAUGACUUUGGAGCCAAAGCAGAUGGAAGAGAUGAUAGGGAGGCAUUUAACAAGGCAUGGAAUGAAGCAUGUUCCAAAGGAUCUAUUCUUAUUACAUGCAAUGAUGAACCAAGACCACAAGCAGUGACAUUCCAUGGUUGCAAGAAUUUGAGAGUGAAGAAUAUAAGGUUCAAAGAUGCACAAAAAAUGCAUGUAUCAUUUGAGAGAUGCUUCAAUGUGUUUGUUUCGAAUCUGGUUGUGAGAGCACCAGGAAAUAGCCCCAAUACUGAUGCUUCAUGUCAACACAGGGAUGUGAUUUUAGAACAAGAAGGAAGUGGAGGCACCACGGCUACAUGUAAGAAUGUUAAAUAUGUAAAUACAGGAAAGUUUUAUCCUCAAUGCUCUCCUGUUUGA